GAUGGAAAGAAAGAGGAAGGAGGAGAUGUCGGAUGUAGUAGCUAAAAACGAAGGCUCCUCCUUGUCGAGGAUGUAAACCACAAACACUGAAACUAUGGAGAUCAACAAACAUGUAAAACCGGACGUAUAAUAUGAGAAACACCGGGAACCACACAGAGAGACACUGUCGACGUUUCUGGACGUAAAACAUCGUGUUGUAGUUCUUUGCGGUAGAAGAGGAGUUUCAUCAUGGGGAACGAGGCAAGCUUAGAGGGUGGUGGUGAAGGGUCGCUUCCAGAAUUACCGGAGGGCCUGUCAGCCGAUGGGAAAGGUGGCUUCGUUCGGACGUCUACUGGAGAGAAGGUGGACCUGACUCAUCUAAGCGAAGGAGAGAAAAAUCAACUUGCUGCCGCGAUGGCAAGAGUGCAAGGCGGGCAACCUGGAACAACCAGGGAUGCUGCGACUUCCAGGGCUACUGCGAGUGCUGAGACAAGCAAGGGCCACACUGGACUAAGCAAGAGCCGCACAGUUGAUGCUUUUGCUGAAGGCCCAGCUUCAAAGCCAAAACCUGGACGCAGCCCUUCAUCCCUCAGCCUCUUUGAGUCCCGUUUCAGGCAGGAGCCAAAGGAUCCCUCAGAGUCAAGGUCCAGCAUGUUCUCCUCUGGUUUUCUUAGUGGGGCCAACCCCCUGAGUGCAGUGUCCUCUGCUGUGUCUUCCUCAGCUGUUAACAUCUCCAAACUCAACCCUUUUGGAGAUGAGGAGGAAGAAGAGGAACCAACUGCCAAGCCAUUAGGUAAAACCCCUGGAGGCGCACCAGGGCCAAGAAAGGGCCCCCAGCAGCAAGGACAGAGGCCACCUCAAGGACAAGGGCCACCCAAAGGUCAAGGACCACCUCAGCAAGGGCCACCCAAAGGUCAAGGACAACCUCAGCAAGGGCCACCCAAAGGUCAAGGACCACCUCAGCAAGGGCCACCCAAAGGCCAGGGACCACCUCAGCAAGGGCCACCCAAAGGUCAAGGACCACCUCAGCAAGGGCCACCCAAAGGCCAGGGACCACCUCAGCAAGGGCCACCCAAAGGUCAAGGACCACCUCAGCAAGGGCCACCCAAAGGCCAGGGACCACCUCAGCAACGAGGAGGACAACCUCCACAAGGGCCUGGGAAACUCAGUGGCCCUGGACCUCAGCAACAGGGGCCUCUCAGAUCUGGAGGCCCUCCUCAACAGGGUCCACCAAAAGAAGAUUCUCAUAAGAGCAGUACCCAACCAGGGCCAAGACCCCAACAAAAAGGUACACCAGUUCCUGCUGAACAGUCUUCAGGGCCUGCAAAGAAUGCACUCUGUCCACUCUGCAAAACCACCGAGUUGAAUUUACAGGCCAAAGACCAGCCACCAAACUUCAACACCUGCACCCAAUGCUCACAGCAGGUUUGCAGCCUCUGUGGCUUCAGCCCGCCUGACUCUGCGGGUAAGGAGUGGCUCUGUCUCAAUUGUCAGAUGCAGAGAGCUCUUGGGGGAGCCGAGCACCCUGGUCCUCCCAUGAUGAAACCACAGCCCUCAAAGGAGGGUUCUGCUCCACCCUCACCACAGAGGACAGGACCACCCCUCAAGGGUGAGUCUAAGAGACCUCCAAUGCUGACCAAACAGAAGAGCAUAGCUGAUUCAGGGAAAAUAGGGACACCACCUGUAACUCCGCAUUUGAAAUCUCCUGGUCCAUUGAGUCCAAAUGCUCCACUAAGUCCAAAGGGCCCAUUAGGGUCCCAGCCAGGAUCACAGCCAGGGUCUCAGCCAGGGUCUCCAGGGCCGAAACUUGGAUCUCCAAAAAUAGACCCGAAAACUGGCCGUCCCAUCCAGCAACAACAGGGAUCUCCCGCCAGAUCAGCUCCCGCACCUAAGCAAGACACAGGCUUUUUUGGAGGCUUUGGAUUGGGAGGGUUGACAGACAUGCCAAAAUCCCCUGCUACCGCCAGCCAAGCUGCAGAAUCAGUCACAGGGAAGCUGUUUGGUGGCUUUGGAGGUACUAAACCCCAGGCCCCUUCUUCUCAGCCCACAGAAUCAGUAACAGGGAAGUUGUUUGGAGGGUUAGGUAGCCUUACAGAAGCAGCCAAGCCCCCAGCCAAACCCCCAGCCAAACCCCCAGUUGAUGCUGUUUCAGGUAAAAUGUUUGGGUUUGGUUCCUCUCUUCUGAGCUCAGCCACCAAUCUCAUGUCCUCCAACCCAGAGGAUGAAAAUGCAGAAUCACCACCAGGUUCACCCCCAGAUUCAGCACCAGGUUCAGCCCCAGAUUCAGCACCAGGUUCACCACCAGAUUCCCCUAUAGACUCUGGUGCAGAUUCACCACCUGGGACUCCCCCAGACUCUGGCUCAGAAUCCCCUCCUGACACUCCACCUCCAUCUUCUAAAAUCCCUGAACCAUCUGAUGGGGCCCCAACUGCAGAUCUUAUUGUGGAGUCUAAGGAAACCCCACCUGCCUCAGUCCCUGUGCAGGAGACGCCUUCCAGCUGUCCUUUGUGUAAGACUCAACUGAAUAUGGGUUCAGAGGAUACACCUAAUUACAGCACCUGCACGGAAUGCAAGAAGACUGUGUGCAACUUAUGUGGGUUCAACCCAAUGCCCCAUCUUGGAGAGAAUGAAUGGCUCUGCUUGAACUGCCAGACACAAAGAGCUCUUUCAGGACAACUGGGUGAUAUGUCUCCUUCACCUAAGACCUCUCCAGCCAAGCAGCCUAUGAAACCAGCACCUACAUCUCCUACAUCUAGCGCUGUCCCUACCCCUACUUCCCCUAUUUCAGAAGCUCCUCUUUCCCCUGCAUCUAAAGCUCCUGCUGCCUUUGCCGAAUCGAGUCCCAGUAUUAAUCAUGCUCAGGCCAAGCAGCCUCAAUUGAGCUCAGAUAAAACAGUGGAUCAUAGACAAACAGCACAGGCAGCAGAAGCCACAGCAAUAGAGGAAGACCCUGUGUCAGAGAACAAAACAGAGACAAACACUGAAGUAACUAGCCAACCUAAAGAAAAGGAAACCCACAAAGAACAUGGAGAUGAGGCUGUAGUGAUGCAAGAUAGAGUGACAAGUCCCUCUGAUCUAGCUAAACUGGAGAGCACAGUUCUACCUAUACUAGAGGCUCAGUCAACCACAGCUGUAAGAGAUGAUUUGGAUAAAUCAAAUGAAAUGGUCAAAGGAAAGCGUCGACUACAAGUGUUACCAAUGUCACCUGAACAGAGCUCAGAGGAAGACGGCCAAGGAGAACCACAAGAGAGGAAGGAUACCACUGUGACUGCUGCCUCCAACACAGAGCGGAUAAAACUGUCUGUACCAGCUGAACUACAAGAUUCAUUUGAGGAUAGCAGUGAGAGUGAGCAUGUAUCCCUCCCAAAGAAAGUGGCAGGUGGUGGUGAAAAAGAUCCCUCAGACAGCCCUAUGUCUGUUGAUGAAGAACCGUUAAUUCAAACCCAAAUUACUGAUAUGAGUGCAGAUGUGACUGCAUCACCAAAUCAUGAGGACAGAGAUCAGGAGCAAAAAAGACAACAAGAUGGAAAGGAGAAAAGUGAGUCAGGGAGAGGUAGGCGUCUUCUUAAAAAUAGCAGCAUUAGUCCAGAGGAUGCCAAUGAUGUGAAAAACCUCACUUCUCUCGCUAAAUCCUCAGAGGAGGUUGCAACAGGUAUUAGGCACUUCAAAACCAUUGAGCUAAACAGCACUGCUACUGUUCGGCCAACAUUCGACGAUGGAGAGCCUGAAAGUCUAACAGAUUCUCCUGAAGACCGCUCCAGAGGUGAGGGCUCCUCUAGUCUACAUGCUUCCAGCUUUACUCCAGGGACUUCACCUACCUCUCUGUCAUCCCUAGAUGAAGACAGUGACAGCAGCAGUCCAAGUCAUACAAGGUCAAGUGGAGAAGGUAAACAGCACAGGAAGGCAAAGCACCGACAACCUGGCCAGAUGUUGCCAACUAUUGAGGACUCUUCUGAGGAAGAGGAACUUCGUGAGGAAGAAGAGCUCCUCAGAGAACAAGAAAAGCAGAAGAGCUCAGGGAAAAAAUCAAAGAAAGAUAAAGAGGACAUACGAGCACAGAGGAGAAGGGAGCAUCCCAAAACACCCCCAAGCAAUCUCUCUCCCAUUGAAGAUGCCUCCCCAACAGAAGAAUUACGUCAAGAGGCAGAGAUGGAGGAGAUACGAAGAUCAUCUUGCUCAGAUUUCUCACCUAGUAUGGAAUCUGACCCAGAAGGAUUUGAAGUUAACCCAGAGAAAAUUGCUGCAGUACAGAAAGUAUAUCAACUUCCAACAUCUGUAUGCCUUUACUCUCCUACAGAUGAACAUCAUGGUGACACUCUGUCAAAAGAAGUGACAAGGAAAAAAGCCCUGAAAAGUGCAGAUGAAGCCUAUGAAGAAAUUAUGUUAAAAGCUAAGUCCCCCAUAAUUGAGAGAGUGGAGUUACCACCUUGUAAGGAAUCUUUGUAUAGUAGUACGUUGAUUGAGGAUUAUGCUUAUGAAUCUCUUGUUAAGGACAAAUGUGAUGAGGAAGAAAAGGGUAAAAUGCCAGUGCCAGAAAAAUCAAAACAUUUAAGAUCACCAGAUGAGGUCUAUGAAGAUAUGAUGCAGAAAAAGGAAAUUAUGCUAAAAGAACAGGACUUGAAACAGUCACAGCCAACAAAGGACAUAACACAACCAGAAAUAAUAUUACCACCUCCUGAAUGUCAUUCUGGUUUCAUUCCCACCAGUAGCAGUGUGGCUAUAGGCAAAGAUGGGAAACCACUAUUAGAUGCUGAAACUGCCUAUGAAGAACUUAUGAAGCGACAGAAAGCUGUAUUAACACCUGGAACCAGUCCAACACAGCCAUGUCCUGAUUCUGAAAACUCAAUGUUACAGUUUGGAGCACCAGGGAAUAAUACAGUGAUGGACACAGGUUCACAGAAACGUCUCUACCCUAUACCAGACCUUAGGGUCAUUCAGUGCUCCUCCGGUGAAGAAGAACCUGAUGAGGACAGUGGUGCAGAUCACACACUUGAAAAGGCUCCAAGUGCACCUGAGAUCUUAUCAGAAACUCCUAUAAAGACAGAGCCCAUACAAAUUGUUUCCAAAGACCAAUAUACUGUAGCACCAGCUUCAGAGAUAGACAUACAUUCUGUCCCAUCAUCUGAAGAUACUACAUCUUCUAACCAUCAAGUAAUAUCUUCUGAGAUACCUGACAUUCAUUCCUCAUUCAGAGAUUCCACAACCACAGAAAUAGACCAGCAUGGUGUGGUUGACUUAUCAAAAUCUUCUUUCUCUAGUCAGACAAACUUAGAUUCCACCUCCAUUGUCAGUGUAGCUACAAAACUGUCUCAUCCCAUUGUGGUGAGUGUAUCACCUUUACCAACUGUACCACAAUACAUUCCUUCUGCACCUAGUGUAGUAUCAACAGUUCCCCCUGUACCUCCCAAACCAGCAGUAUUACGCCGUGGUUUGUCUCAGGAAAAAACAGACAUUCCUAUGCCUCCUCCCUUGCCACCUCCAACACUGCCGAAGCCAACUCUAUAUCCAAAAAAGAUACCACCUCAGGUUCUUCCACGUUGUACUCCAGUGGGUAUGACUACAGGCCCCAGUACUUUGGAAAAACAGUCUGGAGGUACAACACAUAAGCCGCAUUUUCCACCACCUGUUCCUCCAAAGCCAUCCUCCAUCCCAGCAGGUCUCACUUUCACUCACAGAUCUGGAGAAAGUAUCAAGCCUCCAAUAGCUCCCAAGCCAGUGACAAUUGUUCACCCACCUUCUCCUCUUCAUUCACCAGCUAGACCAACAGUUCUAACCACCGAGUCUGCAAGCAUAGCUCUGAAUCUAAGUCCCUCUGUAGAUAGCAGGCCUGGAACCACAUCACCCAAAUCCCCUUCAUCCCCCAGGCACACCAAAACUUUACAUGAAACAUAUGUAGUUAUAACACUGCCAUCACAGCCCAGCUCACCAGUAGAAGGCAUACAGUCUCAAGCCUCAGCAAGUUGUGAUUUUGCAUCUCCAACAAUGCACCCUCAAGCAUCUCCUUAUCCACCACAGCAACAGAGCCAUACCCAGUCAGACCCACAACAACGAACAACAAAAGUGCCACUUGCAUUUACUCGAAUCACUGAAUCAAUAGAAAGUCAAGAAAUAUGCGGGCCUGAGAAAGUGGUGUCAAGCAUGAGUCAUGUCUAUGAAGCCAUAUCAGCAUCAGCUCAACCACCAGUACCACUAGCUAAUGGUGUUGCACAAGUUGUAACCACAGAACUUCAAAGAACAACAGUGUCUGUUGUACAUGAAAGAGUGCCAUCCAUGCCUACCCCAAGUUCCUUCUGGGCUUCGUCUAGUCCAGAGAAUUUGAAAACUCAGCCUCAGAAUAGCCACAUCUAUCAUGCUGGUGAGGUUGUGGAUCUUCGUACCCCAAAAAUGGAUGCAGAUACAGCCAUGAAAGGUGUUGACCUGUCAUCAUCUGAGUCAAGACGACAGUCUGUGGUUACUGAGAGCAGUGCAAGACAAACAAGUGCAGUUCAGUCAUCUGUUGUCAAUCUCAGCACAGAACCCCCUGCCUCUGUCUCUGUUGUGUCAGACAACAUUACCAUUGUCACUUGCACGGCCACAAUUGCUCAUGGUAAUGAUGCAUUUCAGGCCACCUCAAUGCCUCUUCAGCUUACAACAGCCAAAUCAUUUGAGCCAGUUUCUCAAAUAAUCUAUCGACCAGUAGAUGCCCAACCAGAGAAACCAAUCAAUCUGUCCACUAGUGUAGGGAAAGUUCAGACACCUCCUGUUACUGUUGCUCCAACCUUUGUAACAAGUGGUUUUGGUGCAAGUGUCCCUCCUCACUUGGAAACUUGUGUAUCUGGAGCAGUAGAUCUCACUACAGCAAAGCCUGUUCAGACCAUUGUCUCUGUUGACAAAUCCACUGCAGAGGUCAUGACAGCUGUGAUCACUGAGGAGGAUGGAAAACCUGUAGAUCUGACAGCUGGCAGAAGAGCAGUGUGCUGUGAUGUUGUUUACAAGUUGCCAUUUGCAGGGAGUUGUACAACCCAGCAGCCCACUCCACUGCCUGAAGACCGCUUUGGCUAUCGGGAUGACCACUAUCAGUAUGAUCGCUCCCCUUAUGGAAUGAAAGGUUUCGUUGGUAUCAAGCCUUCCAUGUCAGACACUAAUUUAGCUGAAGCUGGGCUUUUUCUCUACAAGAGCAAAAACAGUUAUGAUUUCAAUGGUGCCAUAGAGGGGGCCGUUGAUCUUACUUCUGGAAAGAUAUCUGAGGCAGGUGAGGCAGUGGACUAUUCAAGCAGAGUCACAGGGGCAUAUUCUGGCAUGACAAUUCCACAGUUCUCCCAAACCAGAAUCACAUCUGCUACUGGAACGCCCUUUGUAGUCACAAGUGUAUUGAGAUCCUCCAAUGGUAUUGUCUAUUCCUCAGUAGCAGCCCCAAUCCCAUCCACUUAUGCAAUCACCACACAGCCUGGAUCAAUCUUCAGUGCAACAUACAAUACCCUGUCUGGAAUGCAUACAAGUGACACUAUGCCAUCAUUAUCAUCUCUUCAAAACCAACCUAUUACCAGGUCUCAGAGUUUUGUAUCCACAUUGGUCACCACUACAGCAGAGGUACAAGAGCGACAGCCUCUAAACCUAGAAAUUGUUGCAACAAAGGGUAUUAUUUCAUCUGCUCUCUCUGAGGUUACACCUACAGUAGCCACAGUAGGUACCUUAGACUCAUAUACUGAUGCAUCUUUGGAAGCAAUUGCUGCCUCCCUAGAGGCGUUAUCAUCUCCUAUGGUGCCUGGUGAUGGGCAGUACCAGAUGGAACGGGAAUUACUAGAAAUGGAGAAAAUGAAGCAGCAGCGGCUGGCUGAAGAGCUGGAAUGGGAGCGUCAAGAGAUUCAACGAUUUCGUGAACAGGAGCAGAUGAUUGUACAAAAGGAGCUAGAGGAACUUCAAGCAAUGAAACAGCAGAUCCUUUGCCAGCAAGAAGAAGAAAGGCAGGCCCACCUCAUGAUGCAAAAGGAGACCUAUGCCCAACAACAACAACAACUAGAACAGAUCCAACGCUUGCAGGAGCAACUGAGACAACAACUUGAGGAGCAGAAGUUAAGGCAGAUGUAUCCAGGAGAUGCAACAGAUGCAGCCAGACAGGAAGCAUUGCUUAGUAUUGCGGAAAGCAGAAAGAUUAUGGAUAGUGGUGUCCAAACAGAUGAAGAAGACAAUACUGAACAAACAUACACAUCAGGGAGGAAGAAGAGGGCUGUGAAGAAAAGUGUAGAUAGCAGUGUCCAGACAGAUGAUGAGGACCAGGAUGAGUGGGAGGUCCCAGCUCGAGCUAGACGUAGUAGGCCCAGAGGAGUGAAGUACAGUACAGCGGAAUGUGGGGGACAGGUGUCAGUUCAGGCUCUCACAGAGAUUUCUGUGCAAACAGAUUCAGGUACUGUGAAGGGACAUUCAGUGCAGGUUGAUGCAAGAUUGGAGUACUCAGAUUCUGACAGAAGCUCCUCCCCACAGAGAGACAGAAGACGCCCAACUCCCUUAGAGUUAGGACAAUCCUCUAAACUCAAAGUGGACUCCACUUCCCUCCAGGUGGUUCCCGUCCCUCCCAAAUCCCCCAAAGUCCUGUACUCUCCUAUAUCACCAUGUGUGUCCCCUAGCAAGUCCCUAGAGUUUGUGUCUUAUGAUAAAUCUUUAGGAGACACAAGUCCACAGAGAAUUCAUGCAGCUGCUGCAGACCCAUCAAAAGCUCAGCCUAUCAACUCUAGAACACCAAAGAUAAUGCAGAGGUCGAUGUCGGACCCUAAACCCAUGAGUCCAACUGGUGAGGACAGAGCCAUGGCGAUUUUCCAGCAUACAGAUGAUCAUACUGGUAAGUCAUCACCCAUUAGUACCCCAUCUGGAACACAGAAGAAAGUAAAGAGAACCCUUCCCAACCCACCAUCAGAGGAGGAGACAGGCACACCUGGCCAGACAAACUAUAGUACUGCAUCUGCCCGUCGACGCCUCUGCCGAAGCACCAACAUGGCCCGUGCCAAAAUCCUGCAGGACAUUGAUAGGGAAUUGGACUUAGUGGAACGUGAAUCCUCGAAACUUCGUAAGAAGCAGGCAGAAUUAGAUGAGGAGGAGAAAGAGAUUGAUGCCAAACUCCGCUACUUGGAAAUGGGAAUCAACCGCAGGAAGGAUGCCCUCUUGAUAGAACGGGAAAAACGGGAGAGAGCAUAUCUGCAGAGUGUGGCUGAGGACAGGGACUACAUGUCUGACAGUGAGGUCAGCAACAUCCGCGAGACACGGCGUGGAGGUGGUGGGGAGGAAGCAGGUGGACAUGGAUUGGAAAGACCUCACACGGCCCCUCAAUCUGAGUUAGAGCAGUUUGUCCCACCACAGACCAAACAAGAGGCUCAGUAUGGCAAGUACUCUCAGUACCAGUACCCACAACAGACCCUGUACCAGCAUUCUUUGUACCAGUCUCAACAACCGUAUCAGUCCCAAUCUAUCUAUUCCUCUGUGCCAUCCCUCACAGCUUCCCAACAGCAGAGUUACCAUCAGAUGCUCUUACUGCAGCAGAAGGCUAGACAGCAGGCUGCUCUCCUUUCUGAAUUGGAUGCCACUAAGAUGGCCACCAACUAUGAUGUCAUUCGGAGUCAACCAGAUGCCUCCUCCUAUCUAGGUGGAAAAUAUGGUAGCCAUUUGGACCUCCGCUCUUUAGAAGAACGUGGGGGUAGCAUUGCUGGGAGUCCAAUGUCUAAUGUGUCAAGUGAUUCCUUCUACACAGAUGUGGAACACCAUCAAACCCCCAGGAGCUACUUACUCCUGGAGGAUGCUGCAGAGCUCACAAAGGCAUCAUCUGGCCUCUCCGACUCCACUUAUACUCUUGCAGAGAAAGAACUUGCUAAAGCAGAGCGUCUCCUAAGGCGAACUGCUGCAGAUGUGGGAACAGAUUACCUUGAAAGUUCUACAAGGCUUAAUGCCUAUGCAAAGACCCAGGAAGAUGAAGAUGCCAUGGAGGAACCUUAUGAGCUAAAGCUACUAAAACAACAACUGAAACAGGAGUUCCGAAGAAGCACUGCUGGAACAGAGAGCCUUGAGCAACUGGCUGGUCUCCCACACCACUACUACACCCCUGGUUCAGGUGUUUCCAGCAGUUCUUACAGACCAUUCUCCAAGACUGAGAAGUACAGUAUUAGCAGACUGACUCUAGAAAAGCAGGCUGCAAAGCAGCUUCCAGCUGCCAUCCUCUAUCAGAAACAGAAACCCCCCUUGAUAGACCCUAAGCUUGGCAAGUACUCUUCCACUUUCCAGGAUACCAGGACCCUUGACACAGACUACACUAGCUACCUUGGAUCUAGUGCUGCCUCCCCCAGGUCAAGCAGGCUACUGCAGGAUGAAAUCACCUUUGGACUCCGCAAGAACAUUGCAGAACAGCAGAAGUACCUAGGUUCUAAUAUGAGUAAUAAUCUUGCAGGGUCCCUCAAUGUGGGUCAGAGCCUUAACCUCAGCUCUGGUGUGCGGACCUCCUUAGGAGAGGAUUCGUCUUACCCCAGUGGUAGUAGAUCACGCCCUUCCUCUAGGCCAUCUUCUGUCUAUGGCCUGGACUUAUCCCUCAAACGAGAUAUCUCCAGCUCCUCUCUGAGGCUAAAAGCAGAAAGUGAGGCUUCAACUGACACUUCAGCCUAUCAGACUCCUUCUGGCAGAACAAAGCCUACAAGUUUGCCAAUUGUUCCUGGAGGAAGAGGACGUAUUCCAAUUGUGGCCCAGAACUCGGAAGAGGAGAGCCCUCUGAGCCCUGUAGGCCAGCCAAUGGGCAUGGCGCGAGCAUCUGCAGGACCCCUUCCACCUAUAUCUGCUGACUCCCGGGACCAGUUUGGGUCUUGCCUUUCUUUGCAAGACUCCCAGCAGCAGCACCUGAGAGAUGAGCAGACAAGAGGUCGUGGUUAUGUGCUCAUGGAUGACCUACAAGGCACCAUGUCAGAGAGUGAAGCGUACCAACUACAUCGGGAGGAAACAGAUUGGUUCAUGAAGCCUCAAGAUGGCCGGCACGAAAAUUGCCAUAGCCCAGACAGGAGACAGAUGAAAUCUAUGCACUUCGCAUUUCCUCAUGUGCGUGUCAAACUCCAGAGAGACCCUAAGGAUCGUAGUGUGUCAGGCAAUGGCUUAGGCAUACGUGUGGUGGGAGGUAAGGACGUCCCUGGAGCUAAUGGGGAGAUCGGAGCAUAUGUUGCCAAAGUUCUCCCUGGAGGUGCUGCUGAACAGACUGGAAAGAUUGUAGAGGGAAUGCAAGUGCUGGAGUGGAAUGGAAUUGUCCUCACAGGUAAAACCUAUGAGGAGGUACAGGGUCUAGUUGGACAGCAGUGUGGAGAGGCUGAGUUGUGUGUCAGGUUGGACCUCAAUAUGUUGUCAGAUCCAGAGGGUUGCUCUCAGCACUUGGAGCUUCAGGAUCCAUCCAAAGGUGACAGACAGAGGUCUCCAGGUGUAGAUCCUAAACAGCUGGCAGCAGAGCUGCAGAAGGUGUCCCAGCAGCAGACCCCGGUGUCAGCAGUCUCCUCUCUCUCUGCGGGAGAUAAAGGACCCCAAGCUGUCUCAGCCACAGCUUCCACCGGUUCAAGUGCCAUUCCGAGCCCAGGCCAGCCCAGCUCACCAUCCGUAGGCAAGAAGCGCCAUAGCAAGACUACAGAUGCAGCAAAAGUGCAGGUGCAUCCUGUGACAGGAGAGAUUCAGCUUCAAAUAAACUAUGACAAACAGCUGGGAAACUUAAUUGUCCAUGUCCUGCAAGCCCGAAACCUGUCCCCACGCGAUAACAAUGGCUACUCUGAUCCUUUUGUCAAAGUUUACCUGCUUCCAGGACGAGGUCAAGUCAUGGUUGUCCAAAAUGCCAGUGCUGAAAACAGAAGGAGAUCAAAGCAUGCCCAGAGAAGCUUGAAUCCAGAGUGGAACCAAACUGUUAUCUACAAGAACAUCCACUUAGAACAGCUCAGAAAGAAGACUUUGGAGGUGAGCGUGUGGGAUUAUGACAAGUGCUCAUCCAAUGAUUUUCUUGGAGAGGUGCUUAUAGACCUGUCGAAUGCAACACAGCUGGAUAAUGUGCCACGCUGGCUACCCCUGAAAGAGCAGAGUGAUGGAGAGCACCACCGGCGUUCCCACUCAGGCCAGGCUCGUCAACAUUCCCCUAAGACCUCUGCACAUGGCAGUCAGCAUUCUCCCAAAAACCAGGAUUCACCUAAAUCAUCUGUAACCAAGAGCCGCAGUCAUGGAAUCUUCCCUGACCCAGCUAAGGACACACAGAUGCCUACUAUUGAGAAAUCUCACAGUAGCCCGGGCACAUCCAAGCCAUCCCCAUCUGAGGGCCAAGCCCGUUCCCACGGAUCCUCCCGCGCCUCAAGCAAAAGUGGUGCAGCCCGGAUGCACCACGAAGACACUGUAGCAACAAGUGAAGCAACCACUCAGCAGCGGCGCCACCUUCAACCAACCCAAAAUGGCCGCCUCUCCUUGAGAUACCACAGGCACAGCGUAGUGGGCGUGCUCACCAUUCAGAGACCCCAGUCCGACUUUCCAGCCAAUGAGAGCAGGGAUGGCAGACACCUGACCCUCAGGAAAGCCAUGUCUGAAGAGAGGCCCCAGAUGGAUAGAGCAUCUCGUGGCCACAGAGGUUCCGAUGCACCAGUGACUGCUGCUUCACUGGAUAGUGGUCUGAGUGGUAGUGCCUACAGCCUUCUGGAGGAAGAGGGUGGAAGAAAUGCUGUGGAUAGUGCCAUAUUUCAGGUUCCUAGAUUUGGAAAGAUCACAAAUGGAACAGACACUAUGACAUCGUUACAGGGACAUGGAGAGACUGAAGGCAAGACCCAUGUAAUGGGGGAAAUCAGGAUUGCUCUGAAGAAAGAAAUAAAAACUGAGGGAGAGCAUCUGGUCCUAGAGAUUCUGCAGUGCAGGAAUAUCACAUAUAAAUUUAAGUCUCCAGACCACCUACCAGAUCUGUAUGUGAAGUUGUAUGUGGUGAAUGUAGCCACUCAAAAAAGGAUCAUUAAGAAGAAGACAAGGGUAUGCCGCCAUGAUCGUGAACCAUCUUUCAACGAGACCUUCCGUUUCUGUAUGAAUCCUACAGGGCACUCACUUCAGCUGUUCCUUGUGUCUAAUGGAGGAAAGUUUGUGAAGAAGACUCUGAUAGGAGAAGCCUACGUGUGGCUGGAUAAGGUAGAUCUGCGUAAACGUGUGGUCAGUUGGCACAAGUUAUUGGCCAGCUCCGCUCAAAUUCACUCUUAACAAGGGCCACCUUGGAGAGGAGAGCCACCUGGGAGUAUGCUGGAAGGAGAUGCAGAGAACAACACUUGAGUACAUGACAUGAUCUCUGUGUUUGUUGGACAGUAGGCUUUUGUGACGGCUCUCUCAGUCAAUCUGUUGUUUACUCCUUUUUGUCUUAAAAUUUGCUUUCAGGCGUGUAGUGGGCAUUGGUUGUAAAAGUAGAGAUGGGGUGCAUCAGCAAAUGGUUCAUUAUGUUUUUGCUGAAUUUAUAUUGAGUUUUGCUCAUUGCUUCUCUGGUGUGUACACAACUUCAUUAAGUUGCUAAGCAAGACUUGAUUUUGGGAUAGCAUCAAUUUCACAAACUAACCAAAUUCCCCCAACAAUCACAGUUGAAAUAGCGAGCUGUUGAGAUACAGCUGGUGGCUGUGAGUUUGAAAUAAGUGGAGUUGAGUGAGGAAAGGGUUACGCUUAUCAGGAUACAACGUGUGUGAACAAAAAUCCAUCUGAAUCCUGUAUGCAUGACAGAAUAUCAUAUGGCAUAGUAUAGGCCAUAAAAGCAUGACUGAAGAUUACCACAUGGACACAUUGACUCACACAUUCUGUCUCAUAUUCACAUAAAAACAGCAGAAAGAAAAAGUAUGUGGACCCCUUGGAAUUACCUAGUUUUUCUGCAUUAAUUGGCCGUAGAAUAUGAUUGCUCAUUUGUCUGGUACCUGUGGACCAGAUCUGCAAAAUGUUCAUGAGGAAUUUUAGCCCAUUUUUAUGAUGCCUGGUGUGAUUGUGAGGUCAUUCCACAGCACGUCUAUUGGUUAAGGUCAGGGCUAUGGGUCACUCCAAAAGGUUUUUUUUUUUUAGAAUAAAUUCUGUGUAGAUUUACUGUGUUGAAUGACCAAACCUUUACUGACUUUCAGCUGGUAGAGAGCCGCCCUGUCGUUAUCCUGUUGGACAUAUUGAUAAACUUGGGAAUUUAUCUUUCCCUUAAUGAUGGCGAGCUGUGCAGUGCCCGAGACAAUAAACCGGCCCUAAAUCAUAAUGCUUCCCGGACAGAAGAUCGAAGUUGGGAUGAUUUCAUGGUGCCCUUUCUAUGUCAUACAAUGCUGCUGUUUACGUACAGAUAGGCGCCAAUUACAGGGGCACAAUGAUGGCAACCAGGACUUGCUGGUUUCCACUUGGAGGCUGAGUUCCAUUAAUCUACAGCUCUGGAAAAAAUAAGAGACUACUGCUAAAUAAUCAGCUCCUCUGGUGUAACUAUUUAUAGUUAUAUGUUUGAGUAAAAUGAACAGUUUUGUUUUAUUCUAUCAACUACUGACAACAUUUCUCCCAAAUUCAAAAUAAAAGUAUUGUAAUUUAAAGCAAAUAUUUGCAGAAAAGGACAAAUGGUCAAGAUAACAAAAAAGAUGCAGUGUCUUGAGACAAAAAAAUGCAAAAAAACAAUCAUAUUCAUUUAUAAACAACACAAUACUACCUAUUUGAACUUAGGAAGAGUUCAGAAAUCAGUAUUUGGUGGAAUAACCCUGAUUGCCAGCUUUCAUGAGUCUUGGCAUGCUCUCCACCAGUCUUUCACAUUGCUGUUGGGUGACUUUAUGCCACUCCUGACUCCUGGCGCAAAAAUUCAAGCAGCUCAGCUGUGUUUGAUGGCUUGUGACCAUCCAUCUUCCUCUUGAUCACAUUCCCGAGUUUUUCAAUGGGGUUCAGGUUUGAAGAUUGGGCUGGCCAUUACAAGGUCUUGGUGGUCCUUUGUCCUGCUGAAAUAAACAAUCCUCAGAGUUGGGGAACAUUGUCAGAGAAGAAGGAAUUCUGCUCCAGAAUUCUUCCAGGAUAACCUUGUACAUGGCUUGAUUCAUUCAUCCUUCGCAAAGACCCAUCUGCCCUAUUCGUCUUGCUGAAGCACCCCCAGAUCAUCACCAAUCCCCCACCAAAUUUCACAGUGGGUGCAAGACUCUGUGGCUUGUAGGCCUCUCCAGGUCUCCGUCUAACCAUUAGACGACCAAGUGUUGGGUAGAGCUGAAAAUUGGACUCAUCAGAGAAGAUGACCUUACUCCAGUCCUCUAUGGUCCAAUCUUUAUAGUCUUUUGCAAACCUCAGCCUGGCUCUUCUUUGCUUCUCAUUGAUGAAGGGCUAUUUUUCUAGCUCUACUGUAUAUGACGUGAGCCCUGCCCCUAGGAGCCUGUUUCAAAUCAUCCUCGCUGUGCACUUCACCCCAGCUGCCAUUUGUCAUUCUUUUUGUAGGUCACUUGAAGUCAUCCUACAGUUGCCUCUGCCGGUCUGUAGUUUUGUUGUCUCCAAUGUCUGCUGCCAUUAAAGUCAGAAUUGUACCCUUCUUCUUCAGAAUUGUACCCUUCUCACUCAAAAGUUUUCUUUUCAACUCUUUUGGCAUGGUCUAUAGUUAUCUUUUUUAUUCCAAUUACUUUUGAGGUACUACUAGUACUACUUUUUUGUCAUCCAGCUGGUCCUAUUGCAAGAUGAUAGUGAUGACCACAGCAGUGGUUUUUAUACUUUUCCUCAUAAAAUACGAUUUGGUUUAGGUGAUCACCUAAUCAGUACGUUAUGAAGUAGAAUGAGGUGUGUUUGUGUUGGAAUUCAACAGACACUGGAAUGGAAUGGCUGUCAUACAUGUAGAGAUGCUGCUAUCAGAAAAAAAUUGCAGUGGUCUAUCUUUUUCCAGAGCUGUAUAUUUCAUCAGUCCAGAAAACAUUUUCUCAGUAGCAUUGUGAUUUGAUAGUUGAUUUUUGUAAUUCAGAUGAAGAUCAAAUCAUAUUUGAAGACAAAUGUACACCUUAAUCACCCUAAUGCAGGUAAUGUCAAAGGGUUCACUUGUUUUUUCUUGCCACUGUAACGUCAUAUUUGUAAACUGAAUAUCUUUAGUCGGUGUAACAGUUGAGACAUGGUCUUGGACUUUGGGAAACACUGAUACACAUUUUUCACAAUUAAGAAUUAAGAAAAUAAUGGACAAACUAAUUGACUGUGAAAAUAACUGUUUCAGCCCUAUUGAAAUGUAGAGAGGUGGCUAAAUGGUGCAAUACAUAUGUUUAAUUUUAGUAGAAUUAUAUCAAUUAUUUUCAGAGGCAUUAUUUUAAUUGCAUUUACCUCAUUUACUGCAUUUAUUAUGUAAAGGAAUUAUGAUGAAGUGUAAGAAAGUAUAUUUUGUGAUGUGAAACACAUGAAAUCAUUUCAUUAUUCUUUAUGGAAAGUUAAACUGGAAACAUAUCUCAAAAGAUAUUUUAGUUAACAGAAAUGUACUUGCGAAAUUCUAUUUCCUUAAAAUCCUCCUUUUAUAGACUCACAUACAUAAUGAAAGAUUCAUUAUUAUAAUUAUUUCUUCGUAAUAUAAAGGAUAUGACUGUACUUGAAAGGAGAUGUUUGUUGUGCAGAGUAGAUAUAUUGAAAUGAUUCUAGAUUAGCACAUACAUAUACAUAUUAUUUGUACAUAGUGGAGUAUAUUAUCGUAUUGUUGACUGUAUAUGGCUAUCACAGACAAUCUGAUCUCUGAUAAUGUUAUUAUGAUUUUAUUUUAUUUGUGAAGCACUGAGUAUUUUGGAGUCUUAUUUUUAGAAAUCCCACUCAUUACUAUUGUAUGUAAAUUACUUUACCUUAAUAUAAUUUUCAUAACUUCAUAGCAUAUACGUAUAAGGACAGAUGAGACAUUUUAAAAGUGAAAGAAAUAUCCUUUAAAUAUGGAAAGUGGUAGCUUUGUGGAAGUAUUUUUGUUCAGCAUGUCAUUAGUUCCCAUGUGUCCCAAUCAUGCCACAAUCCAGGUCUUGAGUCUCUAUAACAACUCUCUGACUGUGAAAAGAUUCAGAUCUCAGUGCACCAUGUUACUGGGUUUGCAUUUCAUUUUACUGAGAAGUUGUAUUUUACCAAAAUAUCUAAUUGGUCCAGGACAGGGAUUGAUCCACACAUUGCAGGAUGUUCAGAUCUCCAAUGUUGGGAGGAUUAAGGGCUGGUCUGAUGAACUUUAACAUGUGCCAAACUUUGACCAAAUUCAUGGGCUGUGUUGAAGUGAUUCUAUGCAACCUGGACCAUGUUCUGAUUACAUCUGAAAUAACAUCAUCUCAGUGGUCUCAUGACAAUAUUUUGUUGAUAUCUGAUCCUUGAUAUCUACCAUGUUUUUGUAGUUUCUUUUCUCAGCCCAGUCCUGAUUUUGACCAUCAGAAAAAUCCAUGAACAUAUUUGCAGACAUUAAUCAAGACAUUAAUCAAGUGUCCAUUGGGGGUGAUUUGGAUUACAUUGUCCUUACAUGUUAAGCCUUUAUUCAUUUUUUUUUUAGUUCAACAUUUAAAUUGCAAAAAUAUACAUUUUUUCACUGCAUCACCAGUUUGUAAAGUGAAAUGUAACUGGUCAGAUGUACAUACUAUGGAGCACUAGAGUCAGAUGCACUGUAUGAGGUAUGUGUUCACAAUAUUUAUGUUUUAUUACAAACCUUAUGGACACUUUUAUCCUUUAACUCAUAUUUUAAACAAUGACUUUUCAUUCAGUCUUUCAGGAUUACAACUUUCCAGCAUUCACACUUGUAAUGUGUAUUGAAACACACAAAAAUAUUUAUUUUGUUAUUUGUUGUACAUUUUUGUUAUUUACACAUUCCUUCUUUUCCCGAUCUAAAUCUAAAUAAAACAUUUACAUUACUAUGCUGGUCUAAAUUCAUAACAUCAGUGAACACAUUCCUCUUAUUUCUUUUCUUCAGCAUUGUGCAGGUGGGCUAACUGUUAAUUUCUUAUCUUGUAUAUAUGAUAUUUUUUUUACAAGAACUUUCGAUAAACCCUUGAAUAAAUAGCAUGUGAUGGAAAGGUAUACAGGGACUCUUUUGACAUGUACUGUUUCAUGCAGUAUAUUUAAGAAGGGUUGUGAUGCCUCUGAACAACUAUUUUCAAACCUGCACUACAGCCACAGACUAACCAUGUACUAAAAGAAGUUUUAAUAAACUGAUAGCUUCAGGAGAAUUUAAAUGUGCUCACCCUGGAUGUUGCAUGUCUUGUUGGUGGUUUGUUCACACUAUUUUUGUGUCCAGGUACUACUUAAAAAGACAGAGAAUAGAGGUAUAAAAAGGACAUAAUUUAGAGAUGUGAUGUAUGCUGACUGUACAAAUAUGCUUGUACAAUUUGUCUGGUUUUCCACUCUAUGUAAACAGAAUAAAAAAUAAUGUAAUGGUUUUGUGGUUGUACACAAAAGUUAUUGAUAAAUUAUGCAAUUGUGCUGUAAAAAGGCUGUUGCCACA